GCUUGUAUUUGGUUUGUUAUUUAUUGUUUACAGUUACCUUUAAGAUUUGUUGUAGGUAUGCUCAGGUUUGAACAGGUAUGCCCAGGUUUGAACAGUGGUUCAAUUUACCCCCUGACCUGGAUCAACUUACCCCUACACUGGGGCAAGUUGAGCCACAAGACUUUUUUUUAGAAGUAAUAUUUUCACUGCCCUUGAUCAAAUAUUAAUUAUUAUCAUUGCCAUUGAUAGGAGACAUCCUGAAUUAUAGGUGUGUUUUCAUUUUUACUAUGUGUCAUUUCUAUGGUCAUUUCUCCUUGCUUAGAGGACAGCAUAACUAAAAAAACUCUCUCCCCUACACACCCAUUCAAUAGUUACAAUGCUCUUCGCACUAUUUGAAUUGUUUUUGUUUGUUUGCAGGACAGCAGAGAAAAAACAUGUUUUCUUUAUGAUAAUUGAAGGUAAUGUAAUUAUAAUGUAAUAAGCCCCCAAGUCUGCAACUUUACCUGUUAGUAGCUCAUAAGGAUAAUGGAUCUAACUUUCUGAGAGGCCAAAUCAGCAAACGUGAGUAGGCUUUUUUAGAGAUAGAUAAUUAUUUAAUAAAUAUUUAUAACAACACUCUAUCACAUAACUUACAGUAGGUUAAAAAAGCUAGCUACAAAGAUGAACGGGUGUUAAAGCAGUUUAGCUGUGGAAAUAAUGCUAGUGGUUUAGCUAGCUUUAGCCAGCUAACAGCUCGUAGGUGGCCAAACAGGUGUAGAACUGUAUUGUAUUAGUUGUAGCAACUACAGAGGUGGCUAAAAAUAAAGUUAGUUGUUUAUUGAGUCUGUUUACCAGUAAGCUAAACAAGUGUGGGAGUUAAGCUAGUAGUUUUAAGAAGUGUUGAGCCUGCUAACAGCUAUUGUGACUAAGCUAAAUCUGUAUGUAAAUCGCAGUUUAGCUUGUUUGUUAGCAAGAUGACAUAUGUAGCACAUUGUAUUUUCAGUUCUGUGUUGUGACCAUGGAUGUAUAAGGUUGUGACCUGUGACGUAGGGAAGGACAUUUCAUCCAAAAAUCAGAUUAGCAGUUUCUUUACAAAUAAUUUAUGAUGCUCACAAACAGAAUGUAUUCGAGCCAAGCUUCAGAUAGCAUCAGACCCUGAACUGAACUCUCAGUCCAGCUCUGGCUCAGCCCCACAGCAGCUUUCCCCAGCAGCAGAGCCUGUAACGGGACACGGCUAACGAUGCUGAGGGCACUCCAGUGCAGUCAUGGCCUGUUGCACCUGACUCGCUCCUCGCUGCACACGGUACACUUGCCUGUUGUUAGCUUGUCUUCCAGUCUAAUUUAUGACACUAUCAGACUUAUCGGCUGCUACUGCACGCCCUCAUGCUAAAACGAAUUACUUAAACUAAUUACGUAUUGAGCCUAUAUUACUUUGUAAUAUUGUGUUCCUUUAUUGUUGAUGUAUAAUACAGCAGAAGAGGUUGGGGCACACAGGAACACCUGCUGCUGCUUGCUAAUGCUUCAUCCUCAACUUAUACUCAAGCAUACAAAUGAGCUCACAGAGAAAUCUCCAGAAGAUGUUUCCACAAUCAGGGAAAUCGAUUGUGUUCGACAACUUUCCAGAUCCUACUGACGCCUGGGACAUCAUCGAGACAAUCGGGAAAGGGACUUAUGGAAAAGUCUACAAGGUGCUCAAUAAACUUGAUGGAAGUAAAGCGGCUGUAAAGAUACUGGAUCCCAUCCAUGAUAUUGAUGAGGAAAUCGAGGCAGAGUACAACAUCCUCAAAGCUCUUUCUGACCACACCAAUGUUGUCAAAUUCUUCGGGAUGUACUACAAGAAGGAUGUGAAAUGUGGAGACCAGUUGUGGCUAGUACUGGAGCUGUGCAAUGGCGGCUCUGUGACAGAUCUGGCUAAAGGCAUGCUGAAGAGAGGAGACCGAAUGGAUGAAGCUAUUAUUGCAUACAUCUUGCAUGAGGCCCUUAUGGGCCUCCAGCACCUGCACGUCCACAAAACUAUUCACCGUGACGUCAAAGGCAACAACAUCCUGUUGACGACGCAUGGAGGUGUCAAACUCGUGGAUUUUGGUGUUUCUGCCCAGCUGACAAAUACCCGACUGAGGAGGAACACCUCUGUGGGAACUCCCUUCUGGAUGGCUCCCGAGGUAAUAGCGUGUGAGCAGCAGUUGGACUCAACCUACGAUGCUCGCUGUGAUGUGUGGUCACUCGGCAUCACUGCCAUAGAGCUGGGAGAUGGAGACCCUCCCCUCUCUGAACUCCACCCAAUGAGAGCCCUCUUCAAAAUACCCAGAAAUCCUCCGCCUACUCUCCACCAGCCGGAGCUGUGGUCAGACAACUUUAAUGACUUCAUCGGCAAAUGUCUGAUUAAGGACUUUGAGCUGAGACCAAAUGUGCUAGACCUCCUCCAGCAUGUGUACAUCAAACAGACUGUUGGCAAAGUGAAAAUACUGCAGAAGCAACUGAUCGAACUCAUUGACCUCAACCAACAAAUAGGAGUGAUUGAUAAAACAAGCCAUCAUGGAAAGACAAGCAGAGAAAGUAAUGACAGGCAUGAACGCAUCCACACUAAAAGAGGAGGCCAUAUGAAGACUCAGACUGACGAUGAGGUGGACGACCUCGCCACCCUAGAAGUUCUGGAUGAGAACACGGUCACAGAGCAGCUCCAGAGUCGCUAUGGACGAGAUCAAAUUUACACAUACGUGGGAGACAUCCUCAUCGCAGUCAAUCCUUUCCAUAAGAUGGAGAUAUACACUCCUCAGUUCACUAAAGUGUACAUAGGGGCUAAGCGCACAGCUAACCCCCCACACAUCUUUGCUGUGGCCGACGUCGCCUACCAGUCCAUGGUGUCAUACAACACAGACCAGUGUGUUGUGAUCAGUGGGGAAAGUGGAGCUGGGAAAACAGAGAGUGCGCAUCUGUUGGUACAGCAGCUGACAGUUCUUGGAAAGGCCAAUAAUCGGACACUUCAGGAGAAGAUCCUGCUGGUCAACAGCCUGGUGGAAGCUUUUGGAAACGCCUGCACCGUCAUCAAUGACAACUCCAGCCGCUUUGGGAAGUACCUGGAGAUGAAGUUCACCUGCGGAGGAACAGUGGUCGGGGCGCAGAUAUCCGAGUACCUGCUGGAGAAAUCCAGAGUCAUCCACCAGGCAGUAGGGGAGAGGAACUUCCACAUCUUCUACUACAUUUAUGCCGGCCUGGCUGACAGGAAGAAACUAGCCCAUUACAGGCUCUCCGACAGCAAAACACCUAAGUAUCUGUGUAACGAGCAUAUUAAAUUAGGGCCUGACAUAGUGAGCAACACCUUCUACAAGGAGCAGUUUGAUGCAGUGGAGCAGUGUUUCAAAGUCAUUGGAUUCAGCCUGGAGGAGCUGGGCAGUGUUUACAGCACUCUGGCCGCCAUCCUCAACUCUGGCGAUAUCGAGUUUUCUCCGGUUGCGACGGAGCAUCAAACCGACAAGAGCAACAUAUCCAAUAAUUCUGUCCUGGAGAACGUGGCAUCCCUGCUGUGUAUCCGCUCUGAUGAGCUCCAGGAAGCCCUGACCUCCCACUGUGUUGUGGCCCGGGGAGAGACCAUCGUCAGGCCCAACACGGUGGAAAAGGCGGCGGAGGUGAGAGACGCCAUGGGCAAGGCUCUGUACGGCCGCCUCUUCAGCUGGAUAGUCAACCGCAUCAACGCACUGCUGCAACCCGACAGCCAGCUAGGAGAGGAUGAAAAGGGCUUGAACAUCGGCAUACUGGACAUCUUUGGCUUUGAGAACUUUAAGAAGAACUCUUUCGAGCAGCUCUGCAUCAACAUCGCCAACGAGCAGAUCCAGUUUUACUUCAACCAGCACAUAUUUGCUUGGGAGCAGGAUGAGUACCUGAAUGAGGAGGUGGACGCUCGGAUGAUCGAGUAUGAGGACAACAGGCCCCUCCUGGACCUGUUCCUGCAGAAGCCCAUGGGGAUGCUUUCCCUUCUGGAUGAGGAGAGUCGCUUCCCACAGGCCACUGACCAGACCCUCGUAGAGAAAUUUGAAGAUAACCUGAAGACCAAAAGCUUCUGGAGACCAAAGAGGGUGGACCUUGGCUUUGGUAUUCACCACUACGCUGGAAAGGUGAUUUACAACGCUGCAGGCUUCUUGGCCAAGAACAGAGACAUGUUACCAGCCGACAUCAUCCUGCUGCUGAGGUCGUCAGAAAAUGAGCUCACUCGCAAACUUGUCACCCAUCCGCUCACCAAAACAGGCAACCUUGCCCACACCAAGGGUAAAGGCAUAAACACAAUGCGCAGCCCGCGGACCCCGUCACGCACCAUCACAUUCGCCAAGCAGGGAGAAUCAGUGGACACGCCUUACCACCCGAGAGAAACCACCAACAUGAGAACACAGACAGUGGCCUCCUACUUCAGGUACUCUCUGAUGGACCUGCUGUCCAAGAUGGUGGCAGGGCAGCCUCACUUUGUGCGCUGUAUAAAGCCAAACAACGAUCGCCAAGCCAAUAAGUUUGACCGGGAGAAGGUUCUGGUUCAGCUGCGAUACACUGGAGUUCUGGAGACAGCCAAGAUCAGACGGCAGGGCUACUCUCACCGCAUUGUGUUUGCUAACUUCAUGAAGAGGUACUACAUAUUGGCUUUCCAUGCUGAUGAGGAGCCGGCUGUGACUCAGGAAUCAUGCGCUGCAAUACUGGAGAAGGCCAAGCUGGAAAACUGGGCAAUGGGGAAGACUAAGGUGUUCCUCAAGUACUACCACGUGGAGCAUCUGAACCUGAUGGUGCAGCAGGCCACUCAGCGGAUCAUCCUGCUCCAGGCUUACGUCCGAGGCUGGCUGGGAGCCAAGCGAUACCGGCGGACAUUAAAGGAGCGAGAACAGAGUGCUCUGGUGCUGCAGUCAGCUUACAGAGGUCAUAAGGUUCGGAAGAAGACGGCCGAUGACAAAAGCAAAGCCAAGUUUGAGGCCUUCAUUGUCCAGUUUCAGGCUGUGUGCAGGAGCUAUCUUGCAAAAAAGAAAUACAAGGAGUUGGUAGAUGAGAAGAACAAAGCGGCAACCAAGAUUCAGGCUCGCUAUCGAGGGCACAAGGAAAGGAAAAGCUUCAAAAGAAAACAGGAAGAGAAAGCAGAGAAAGCCCUUCAAGAAAAAGAGGAAGAAGAAGCAGCUAAGACCCCCAACGGGGAAGACUCCAUUGCUGCCGUCAACGAAGCAGGUAACGAGGAAGAUGAAACUAAAGCUGCUGUGGUUCUCCAGAGCAACUUCAGGGGCUACAAAGAGAGGAAAAAGUUUAAGGAGAGAAAAAAGACGAUGGCCGGGGCUGAAUUAGAGUCGCCACUUGACGCAGUGGCGGAAGAAAAAGUUGGACAAGAGUCUGCCAGCAAAGAAGAGCAAGAGGGAAAGACAGCUGAGGAGAAUGACGACGAGGAAGAGAGCACGUAUGAAGCAGAGGAGAAUGAUGACAGCGAUCACACACAGGUGCCGGAAGAUGAUGACAAUUCUGAAAUUGCAGAUGUAGCAAUGAUUGAAGUAGCCCUGUCAGCAGAUGCUGGAAAAGAAGGGCAGGAGGAGGACAAGAGGGAGGAGAAUGAAGAAAACGCUGCGGGAGAAGAAGCUGUCAAUGUGGAAGAAGAAACCAAGGCUGCCACUGUCCUCCAGAGUAACUUCAGAGGUCACAAAGAGAGGAAGAGGUUGCAGGACGAAGGCAAGAUCCCAGCUAGGAAACAGAAAGCAACAAGUCCUGCUGGUGAAGAAGAACAGCCCACGGUGAGCACAGGAGAGGAAGAGGUGCAAACUCCAGCAGACAAAGAAGAAUCCAACGAAGCUCAAGGUGUUGCAGACGUCAAGUCAGGUGACCAAGAUGAGGCCAAAGCAGCAGUGGUGCUCCAGAGCAACUUCCGCGGCCACAAGGAGCGCAAACGACUCGAGGAGGAAGGCAAGAUCCCGAAGAGGAAGAAGAAGGAAGUAGAAGAGCCUCCGAAGGAAGAACAACAGGUAACGCCAGAAGAAUCAGUGCCAGAAUCCCAGCAGGAUGCUUCCCCGGAGAACUCGGGGGGACUGGAUGAGGAAAAAGCUGCUACAGUCCUCCAGAGUAACUUCAGAGGACAUCGGGACCGAAAGAAGCUGAAAGCAGAGAGAGAGAAUAAAACAACGGAAGAGUCAGCGCAUGAUGCAGAGGAGGAAGCUAAAGAGGAGGCAGAGGAAGAAGCCCUGGAUGUUGGGGACGUGACGAUUGAAAGGAAAGACGAGACAGAUGCUGAGAGAGAGAGGCAGGAGGAAGAGCAGGCCGCGGUGAAGAUCCAGAGCAACUUCAGAGGGUACAAAGACCGGAAGAACCUGAGGGCCAACAAGCAGACAGCACAGACAGAAGCUGCACAACAAGAGAGCUUCUCCAAAGAGAUCGCAAAGACUUCUCAGGACUUCAUGUCGCUGCAGCUUAAGUUAAAUGAGAUCAUCCAGGCCCAUCAAUCAAACCCAGAGAACAAUGGCAUGUUUGUGAGAGGAAAAGCGAUGAAUGGCUAUCCUCCUCAGAAUCAACAAUCAGCCGAGAAGAGACGGUCGAGGACCCCCCGCAGGACCCAGCAGCCAAAGACCCUCAACACCCCGGAGGACUCCACCUACUACAACCUAAUUCAUCGGUCUGUCCAGGAUGAUAAACGCAAGCCCAGGAAAGACGAUCCAGGGAAGCUGCUGGAUGUAGAGGACCAGUACUACAGGGAGCUGUCCACCAGCAGCUCUGAACCCAGCAUCUCCUCCAAGGACACGUCCCCCUGCAGCAGGCCGGAGAGGAGGAGGUCCAUGGAGAGGAGGCCGUCUGCAAAACAGACAGCAGCUGGCGGCAGACCGACCCGAGCGAGGGCCGUCACCGAACCAGAGCCUGCCAAAUCUGUCGGGGACAACAGGCGCUCUUUUCCCAGAAUGUCCUCCACAGAGAGUCGGACAGAGGACAACCCGUACGACUUCAGACACCUACUGAGGAAGACCUCCCAGAGACGAAAGCUCAUCAAACAGUACUGAACACAUGACUCCAUUUUUGGCAAAUAAUCUGUCAAAAUCUGGUGCAUUGAAACACAAUAUGUGGCAAUUAAUACUCAUGAUAAAUGAGUAUUUGAUUCUGUUUAGUUGUGGAAAUGAAAAGCAUGGACGGCAUUGAUGAGGGUCACCUGCACAUAACAUAGACAGGAUGAAGGUUAAUGUAAAGCUUUACCCAUGACACUGUAAAUGAAGGUUUUAUUGACGUAAUUUGUAAACUAGACAUUGUUGCUUUCGCUCAUGUUGCUGUUUUAAUGUCCUCUCUGGUUGGUCCAAUAAUGUAAGGUUGUCCAUAUCAAUUUAAAAACCAAAUACAACUGUAUACAAAAAAGAGAUCAUGUAAAUACAAAUGCCAUGCUCUUCAACUUGAACAAAUGUCAUUUGUUUUUAAGAAUGUAUCUUUUCAAAAGGCUGCUGAGUGUUGUAACAAUGUAAGAAAUGUACAUUCUCUUUUCUUCUUUUAAUGUAUUAUAUAUUAA